GCCUCCCUCCCUCCUUCUUUCUUUCCUCUUCCUUUUCUUUCCUGGGUCCAGCCUGCGCCAUCCCUUUGGGUUGAGGCAAGCAGCAAAGACCUGGAGGCAGGUUGCCAAGCGCAGGAGGCGGAUUUGCCUCCCUUUCUUCCCUCUUUUGCUGUGGGAGGGGGGCAUCUCCUUCCCCUCUCCCUCAUUCCCUCCUUCUCCGCCCCCAAACCUCCCCUUGACCCCCCUUUCCUUCCUUCCUUCCCUCCUUCGUCCCUCCAUCUCUCCCUCCUCGCCUCCAAACCGUGCGUUUUUACGCACAGACCGGCUCCAGCAAGGAAGGGGGGCGCAUCUUUGGGGAAGGCAGGAGAGACCUCUUUCCCCACUUUUGGGGUUUGCAUUGGGGGGCCAGAGGAGAGGAAAGACCCCUCUUCCUUCUGCCCCCAUUCCCACCUCCUUGGGAUUCAAGGGAGAGGAAGAGAGAGCCCUUCUUCCAACACCCCACCGGUUGGCUGAGCUUCCCAAGCCUUCCCUUCUUUCGUCUGCAUCUCCCCUCUUUCCAAAAUAAGCUUUCCCCAUUCUACAGCACAGCCAGGGAGAUCCCUUUCCUCCCUCUCUGCAUCAGCCGGAGGAGCCCCCAAGACCCAGACCAAGGGACCAGGCUGCGGAAAAACAAGGAUGACACAGCCUGGCAAGCAGCAGUGCCGUUGGCAGUGAUGGGCUUGAGCAAGAACGAGGUCGUCGUCAAAGAGAUGCCAACACCCCUCUUCGGCCUCUGGAUGCCACCCUCCUGACGGAAGCAGCAUCCCUGGCAGCAUCACUCACUUUGGGUGCCUUGGGGAGGCCUUUUGAGCACCGUGGGCUCAGAUUUUGCCCCAAGGGGCAUCCCAUUGCCUCCAUCCAUCUCCUUUUCCUUGGACUGGGCCAUAGGGUCAAAAUCCAAGUAGCAUUUGACUGGCAGGAUUGGGGAGCAUCAUCCAGAGAAAGCCAGGCUUCCAUCUUUCCUUUGGGGGGAGAUGGUGGCAAUGCCACCUCAUUGCCACUCCAGGAUGUGGCGUCACAUUUGAGGGGGCCUUCAACCUCGUGGGCUCACAAUCCCUGACGGCACCGUGCCUCAAAAUAGAGUGUUGCUCCUGGAGUUUCGAUUCAGGAUUGCACCAGACUCAGACGUGAAGCUUCAAGGCAUCAGGGCUUCGCUCUUGGCACCACCGCAGGGGAAAAGUUUGGACGUGGCUCUCCUUGAGGUGCCCAUGGAUCCCACCAUGCAUGGCGGACCUCACCAGCCCCAGGACCAUGAACUGAUGCCCGCUCUUUGAGCCCUCCCCCCAUGCCCAGUCUGCCAGAGCUGGCACUAUGGCCCGGCCUGGCACUGGGACCCUGGUCUUGGCCAAUGGGCUGGGCUUCCCUCCCAGCAACGUGGCCCGUGUGGUGGUCUGGGAGUGGCUGAAUGAGCACGGGCGCUGGAGGCCUUACACGGCCGCUGUGUGCCACCACAUUGAGAACAUUCUGAAGGAAGAUGCCCGGGGCAGCGUGGUCUUGGGGCAAGUGGAUGCCCAGCUCUCUCCAUACAUCAUCGACCUGCAGUCCAUGCACCAGUUCCGGCAGGACACAGGGACGAUGCGCCCGGUGCGAAGGAACUUUUACGAUCCCUCCUCGGCCCCCGGAAAGGGAAUUGUGUGGGAAUGGGAGAACGACAAUAACUCCUGGACGCCCUACGACAUGGACAUUUGCAUCACCAUCCAAAAUGCGUACGAGAAGCAGCACCCAUGGCUGGACCUCUCCUCCCUGGGAUUUUGCUACUUGAUCUACUUCAACAGCAUGUCUCAGGUGAACCGUCAAACACAGCGGAAGCGCCGCCUCCGCAGACGCAUGGACCUGGCCUACCCUCUCACCAUGGGCUCCAUCCCCAAGUCCCAGUCCUGGCCCGUGGGCACCAACUCGGGGCAUCCCUGCUCCUGCCAGCAGUGCCUGCUGGUCAACAGCACCCGGGCUGCCUCCAACGCCAUCCUAGCCUCCCAGCGCAGGAAGGUCUACGCAGGCAAUGGCAAUGGGACGAUGGCUGUUCGCCAGAGCAAUACCUUCAACGGGACAGCCCUGUGGUCACUGGGCAGUGUGCCCAACGGCGGGAUGGCCAAGAUGGAGCAAGUUCGCGCCGCCAACGGCAUGCAAGUGGCCACCUUUUCACGGAGUCAGAGUGCCCCCAGUCAUGCCCACCUCCCAGGGCAAAACAACCUGAACCGGCCUGGGACCCAGCGGGUGGCCAUCUUGAGUACCAGGGCUUCUAUUCCACCAGGGGUUCCUGCCCUCCCGGUCAAGAACCUGAAUGGAACUGGCCCGGUCCAUCCUGCCUUGGCAGGAAUGACUGGCAUUUUGAUGUGUGCGGCAGGCCUGCCGGUCUGCCUCACCCGUGCCCCGAAACCCAUCUUGCACCCGCCGCCAGUCAAUAAGAGUGACAUGAAGCCCGUGCCUGGCAUCACCGGAAUUUGUCGGAAGACCAAAAAGAAGCAUUUGAAAAAACGCAAGAACCCCGAGGAUGUGGUGCGACGUUAUAUCCAGAAAGUGAAAAAUCCUCCCGAUGAGGAUUGUACCAUUUGUAUGGAGCGGCUGGCCUCUUCAUCGGGCUACGAGGGCAUCCUGAGGCACAAAGGGGCCAAGCCAGAGCUGGUGGGCAAGCUGGGCAAAUGCGGGCACAUGUACCACCUCCUCUGCUUGGUGGCCAUGUACAACAAUGGCAACAAGGUGAGAUCAGAGGACGGCAGUCUGCAAUGCCCCACUUGUAAAGCCAUCUAUGGAGAGAAGACUGGAACUCAGCCCCCGGGGAAGAUGGAAUUCCACAUCAUCCCGCACUCGCUCCCCGGCUACGGGGACUGCAAAACGAUCCGCAUAGUGUAUGAUAUCCCCGCUGGGAUCCAGGGUCCGGAGCACCCCAAUCCUGGAAAGAAGUUCACCGCACGAGGCUUUCCACGCCACUGUUACCUUCCAGACAAUGAGAAAGGCAGGAAGAUCUUGAAGCUCCUCAUUGUGGCCUGGGAGCGGCGGCUCAUCUUUACCAUCGGGACGUCCAACACGACAGGCGAGUCCGACACCGUCGUGUGGAAUGAGAUCCACCACAAGACCGAGUUUGGCUCCAACCUCACCGGUCAUGGCUACCCCGACCCCAACUACCUGGACAAUGUCCUGGCCGAACUGAUGGCCCAAGGGGUGUCCGAGGCCCACCUGAAGGACUGAAGAAAGGCCCUCGGUCUCCCCCCCCCAUUCCCUUCCCUACUCCUGCCGCUGCUGUCCCCCCCUUUUCGCCGUGUGAUGCGUGGAAGCGUGACCACUGCCUGCGUCUGUCCAUCCGUCCGUCCGUGAGUGUGUUCUCUUUGUCGACCGGCUCUCUGCCAGGGUUUGGGGGGCGGGGUUGGGGGUCCUCCCUUGCCUCCUUUGUCGCUUCUGCUGCCUUGACUUUGGAUGAUCUUCGCCAGCAAUGUCACCAAAGGAGCUCUUGGUUUAUCAGGAUAAUCUCACCUUUGGGGGAGGAAUGCGGGGACACCACGCCAAACUGCACAAUUGAGCAACCAAUCCAACUAACUCUGUUGUCCCUUUCUUUUUCUAUGCCUAGCGAGAGAGAUGGAUACAUACAUACACACAUCCACAUCUGCAAUAUUUCUCUUUGCCCUGACUGUAUCUGCGCUCGAGCAAAAACACAUACACUGUGCUCCAUAUUUGUAGUGUCAUAGGAGUGGGGCAUGAAAUCCAUGAACCAGUUUGAUGGGAGGCAGAGGGAAGGAAUUCUGGUUGGAGAUGCAGGUUAUCUUAUAUGGGGAAACCCUAGACAUUUGGCCAUCUGAGGCAUCAGGGCAAGAUGGCACUUCUUUCCCGUUCCAGAGGUCAAACACAUUGGGGGUUGAACCCCCUUUCAGUGAUGCUGCUUAAUGGGCACCCCAGUCCUUGGCACAGCAGGUUCUUGAUCUUUUCAGCUUCUCAACUUGCCUUACAUGAAGCUGUUUCAGGCAUUGUUUUUCAGAUUCCACCUCUCUUACAGAAGUCUCAUCCCAUAGGGAGGAGAGUGGAUUAUACCCUCAAUUUUGUCACCCACGUUGAGGUUUUCCAGAGGGACUUCUCCUUAGGGCUUUCUCGCUUGGACUGUGGUCCAUGGUGAACUGAGAGUUUCUGGGAUCAUUGGUGGCAUUUUCCCAAAGUGUGGAGGGAGAGGACUUUGAAUGGGGUCCUGAUGCCUUGAAAAAAAUGCACACAUCUUGCUCCAGAAUUGGGUGUCCUUCUAGGUUUCACAUUUCAGUGAUGCCAGUCAUAGAACUGAGCCCCCAAACAAAAUUGAGCCCGGUUUAUCUCUCAACAGGCAAUCACCAGAAAUGUAGGGAACCCACCCCAAUGAAGGCCAUGGAAGAUGGCCACCCAAGCAUUUUAUAGCCAAGAGAAUUGGACAAUCAUUCCCCUCUCUGGGCCAUGUCUGCUAUGGUUGUCAUUAUAUAUCCAGACUCUCCUGUAUUCUGCUUCCACUCUCCAGUGAGGUUUUCCAGAUUACAUUGUCUCGGUGGGGCCUAUGCUUUGCUUCUCCAAUCCUGAGGAAUCUGGGAGUUAUGGUCCCAAAAUGUACAUUUGGGGAACUCUGGUUAAACUCUGGUCUCUGCCUUUGCCCAGGUUUCCACCUGAGACGUUGUGAAGCUUUGCUUGGCAUGGUCUCUUCUUGGUGUAGCUUGAGAUAUGUUGCCAACAGGCAAGCACAACUGCGGUGCACUAGAGCUGCUUCUUUAAAGGGCCUUUGAGCAACCGGGCAUUGCAGUAAAGAAAUGGCCUCCAUAUUUUCUCUUUGGCACAAUGUUUGUAAAAGGGCUGGCACCUUUUUCCUGCUUAAAUUGAGAACUGCUUAUCACAGGGUUGGGAAAGCUAAGUCUCCCCGAGCAGUGAUGGACUACAUUUCCCAUUAACCCUAGGCAGCAGUGAGGGAGGAUGGGAACAGCAAUCCAGCAGCAUCUGGAAGGUCAUCCAUCCAAGUCAGCAGGAUAGUGAGCACAUGCCUAGUUUUGGAUGGCUUUGAAGGAGGGCUCCAAGGUGCUGGAACCUAGACUUGGAUUUGAUUCAGCACCUUGGAGAGCU